GCAUUUCUCCAUGUGGCAGACAGAGCAAAGCCACAAUGCUUUCUCUGCCGGAUUAACGACAGCCCACAGACCAGAACUUCCACUAUACUACUUAAAAUUACAUAGGUGGCUUGUCAAAUUCAAUUGAUGAGUGUUGUAAGAAGAAAAAGAAGUUCGUUAUUACAGCUUGGAUUCAACGGUCCAAAACAAAAAUGCAAUUGCCAUUAAAGUCACAGAUGAACAAACUUCUACACUGAUUUUUAAAAGCGAGAAUAAGAGCAGCAAGUUUCUGGGUCUGCUUUAUCAACAGAUGCAUAAAGACUUUAUACAACCUCAUUUCAAAAUGAAGGCUUUUAUUUGGACCCUAAGUGUGUUAUUCUUCCUACUAAUGGGCAUUGGACAUUGCAGAGGAGGACAGUUCAAAAUAAAAAAAAUAACCCAGAGGAGAUACCCUCGUGCCACAGAUGGUAAAGAGGAAGCAAAGAAAUGUUCAUACACAUUCCUGGUGCCUGAACAAAAAAUCACAGGGCCAAUUUGUGUCAAUACCAAAGGGCAAGAUGCAAGUACUAUUAAAGAUAUGAUCACCAGGAUGGACCUUGAAAACCUGAAGGAUGUGCUCUCCAGGCAGAAGCGGGAGAUAGAUAUCCUGCAGCUGGUGGUGGAUGUAGAUGGAAACAUUGUAAAUGAGGUAAAGCUGCUGAGAAAAGAAAGCCGGAACAUGAACUCCCGUGUUACUCAACUCUAUAUGCAGCUAUUACACGAGAUUAUCCGUAAGAGGGAUAAUUCACUUGAACUUUCCCAGUUGGAAAAUAAAAUCCUCAAUGUCACUACAGAAAUGUUGAAGAUGGCAACAAGGUACAGGGAACUAGAGGUGAAAUAUGCUUCCUUGACUGAUCUCGUCAAUAACCAGUCUGUGAUGAUCACUUUGCUGGAAGAACAGUGCUUGAAGAUAUUUUCCCGACAAGACCCCCAUGUGUCUCCUCCUCUUGUCCAGGUGGUGCCACAACAUAUUCCUAACAGUCAUCCGUAUACUCCUGGACUGCUGGGGGGUAAUGAGAUACAGAGGGAUCCAGGUUAUCCCAGGGAUUUAAUGCCACCACCUGAUCUGGGGACUUCUUCCACCAAAAGUCCUCUCAAGAUACCACCAGUAACGUUCAUCAAUGAAGGACCAUUCAAAGACUGUCAGCAUGCAAAAGAAGCUGGACAUUCAGUCAGUGGGAUUUAUAUGAUUAAACCUGAAAACAGCAAUGGACCAAUACAGUUAUGGUGUGAGAACAGUUUGGAUCCAGGGGGUUGGACUGUUAUUCAGAAAAGAACAGAUGGCUCUGUCAACUUCUUCAGAAACUGGGAAAAUUAUAAGAAAGGGUUUGGAAACAUUGAUGGAGAAUAUUGGCUUGGACUGGAAAAUAUCUAUAUGCUUAGCAAUCAAGAUAAUUAUAAGUUGUUGAUUGAAUUAGAAGACUGGAGUGAUAAAAAAGUCUAUGCAGAAUAUAGCAGCUUUCGCCUGGAACCUGAAAGUGAAUUCUUUAGACUACGUCUGGGAACUUACCAGGGAAAUGCAGGGGACUCUAUGAUGUGGCAUAAUGGUAAACAGUUCACCACACUGGACAGAGAUAAAGAUAUGUAUGCAGGAAACUGCGCCCACUUUCACAAAGGAGGAUGGUGGUACAACGCCUGUGCGCAUUCUAACCUAAACGGAGUGUGGUACAGAGGUGGCCAUUACAGAAGCAAAUACCAAGAUGGCAUAUUUUGGGCUGAAUACCGAGGCGGGUCGUACUCUUUGAGAGCAGUUCAGAUGAUGAUCAAGCCUAUUGACUGAAGAGAGAUCGCCUCCAACUUAAAUGACAGAGAGCUCUGCCCUUUUCAGUUCCUAAAAAUGUAAAUGUUACAUGUAUAUUGUUUUGCACAAUUCAUUGCUACAGACACAGUUUUAAAUGAACUUACCAUAACUGUAAAAGGGGAUUUAUGACUAUAGUUUCAUCUUUCCUCAAUAUACUGCAGAAGAUUAUUUGUACCCAUAAUCCUAUUUUUAAAAUUAUAUUGACUAAACAUAGGCAAAGUUUGUUUUAUAAAAUGUAAAUAUUUGCCACAGUAUAUAACAAAUCUUAGCUUUAUUUUAAAUCAAAAUUGAAUACAUGUUCAAGACAAUUUAUUUAAAAAUUUUAUGAGAUUGCUCUAACUUCCAAUAGAAAAAAUAAUUUUAAAAUUUCAGCCAAGUAAUACGUUUUAUUUAUAAAAAUAUAGACAGGAAAUUAGAGAAAACUCUAGUUUUGCCAAUAGAAAAUACAUUUUGCAUUGAAUAAAAGUUAUUUCAAAUUC